CUCGAAAGUGCAUAUAUUAGUAAAUUAGGAUGGAACAGGAUGAAAUGAUGAAUCACAACCAUUUUAUUAAGCAGUGUGUAAGCUCUUUCCCGCUCUCAUCAAUGGCAGCUUUCACUACUACCAUUCCUACAUCCUACUGGGAUCCCGAAGACUGGGAAAUCGUCAACGACGAUGGCUUCGUCUACAAGCGCAAGAAGCGUCGCAUCGAUCCUUUUUCCUUCCCUUGUGCGCCAGAUCCCGAACCAGAUCCUGCUCUUCAAAUCAAGCAAAGAAGGGAGAAAAAACUUGCAACUUUGCGCAACUUAAAGGAGAAAUAUCAAACCGAAAUUUGUCUUUGGGACAAUUUGUCGAACACCUUAAAGACAAUGGAAGAUAGUGUUAAAUCUAAGCUUGAACAGGUUAAGGAGAAAGAUGACGAGGAGGGAGAAGGUGGGAAAGUUCUAGAAAUGGGUGCUAAAGGGUCUGAAUCAGUUGUUUCAGUCGAAAAAUGUUCUGGGUCUUUAGUCGAUGAGCUUCUUUUGCAGGUUGAAGCACAGGAAGCAAUAAUACACAACUUUGAGCAACUUUGUGAUGUAGCAGAGUCCUUGUGCAAUGCCCAGGAGGAGAAGGCAAAAGAACAUUACUUUAAUCUCCCAAUUUGGAAUUCCCCUUGUGAACUUUUGGCAUCGCUUUGUGAGGAUUGAGUAUUGCUUGGCUAAUGCCGGUGGUGGUUGUUUAUGGGCUAUGCCUGAGUGUUAAGCACGUAGGUGUCAGGUUAUUGAAAAUAGUGGUUCGAUAUGGAUAUAGAGCCAAUUGAAAUUCCCAGUGUAUAGAUGUAUUGUUAUGUGGAAAACGAGAAUUUAUGUGAAUGAAUGUUGUUAGUCUGUGUUCAUGUCGUUUCUCUUUAUUUCUGUUGAAAAGAGGGAGAGGGGUUGAAAUCUGAUAAAUUAUAAUGGUGAACUUUUGCAAGUUAGACGCUCUACAUUUUGUGACCUGUUAUUCAACUGAAGUAGUGUACAAGUAUAGGUACUAUUUUUACUCAAACUUUGGUAUGGUUUUGUUUGGAACUUGAGUCUUGUUAUUAAAAGUACUGGUAAUUUGGCUA